CCUCUCUUUCUUUCUAUCUAUCUCUUUUUCUUCUAACUGAACAGUUAAGUGCUGAUAACACCCGAGGCUUAUUCCCCUCACCUUUCCACAUAUUUUUUGUUUAAGUGUGAGAGUGUGAUGAUGUGUUAUGUAUAGCCUUUUGUUUUUUUUUAAUAGUUAAAUAGCCUAAGGUGGUCGUAUAUUAUUUGUCGGGACUCGCAUAAUGAUCUAUUUUCUUUAUUUGUUUGGAGCGUUAUGACGACUUUGGUCGGUUUUAUGCAGCUUUGGAGUUUGCACUUGAGAAACUCUCACCUCUCAGGGCUCUGGCUUUAAACCGAGUUACUGUAAAUCGGUGAAAUGAAUUUCGAUCAGGUCUUGGCGGAGGUCGACGGCUUUGGGAGAUAUCAGAAGAUUCUGUAUGUACUGAUUUGUCUUCCACAAAUCUUCCUUGCCUUUCAUAUGAUAGCGAGCGUCUUCACAGGCUUCACUCCUCCACAUCACUGCCGCAGCUCGGAUACUCAACACUGGUACUUUAACGUGUCUGUAAACUACAGCGACUCAUGCAGCAGCGUCUCAUCCUCACACAACCGGACUGAGGAUCUCUGUCCACACGGAUGGGUUUACAGCCGAGAAUUAAUCCACAGUAGCACUGUCACUGAGUGGGAUCUUGUCUGUGACAGAGCGACUCUAAACAGUCUUGGUUCUUCCCUGUAUAUGCUGGGAUUGCUUGUGGGAGCUAUUGUGUUUGGAUCAAUGGCUGACAGGUUUGGAAGGAGGUUUGCCCUGCUCUUGUCUCUUGCCAUCCAGACAGCGUUUGGGGUAGCUGCUGCCUUUGCUCCAAACUAUCUGGUAUAUGUGAGUCUUCGCUUCAUCAUAGGAACCUCCAUCUCAGGCAUCAUCAUUAAUGCUUUUGUGUUGGGUACAGAAUGGACGUGUACAAAGAGACGCAUGCUGGCUGGAAUCAUAACAGAUUAUUUCUUUGGGCUCGGUUAUAUGCUGCUGGCUGGUGUGGCUUAUUUUAUUCGAAGCUGGAGGAAUUUACAGCUCGCCAUCUCAGCACCAGGUUUCCUCUUUAUUUUCUACAUCUGGGUUCUUCCUAAUUCAGCUCGUUGGCUGUUGGUAAAUAACAGAAAAGAGGAAGCUCUAGUUCUUCUACGCAAAGCAGCUACAAUGAAUGGUCGUCCUUUGCCUACUACAGUACAGUUAGACAAGUGUGAGUGGAUGCAGGGGAAGAAUCAGCACUCUGUUGUAGAUCUAGUCCGUACUCCAGAGAUGAGGAAGCGAUCGUUCAUCCUGUUCUACAUCUGGUUUGUUACCGUCUUAGUGUAUUAUGGUCUGUCUCUGGGUGUAUCAGAUCUGGGCUCAAACCUUUACCUCACUCAGUUUCUGUUUGGAUUGGUGGAGAUCCCUGCGAGGUCAUUGGUUUUGCUCUUCCUCCCCUACAGCCGCCGGCUCUCACAGAGUGUGUUCCUUGCCAUCGGGGGCGUCGCCUGCCUCCUCAUGCUUAUUGUACCAGAAGACAGUCCUAAUAUAAGAACUGCUGUGGCGAUGACUGGAAAAUUUGGGAUCACAGCCUCUUUUGCUGUCAUCUAUGUUUAUGCAGCUGAGCUCUUUCCAACAGUGCUAAGACAGACAGGAAUUGGUGUGGCCUCCAUGUUUGCAAGAAUUGGUGGAGUUUUAGCACCGAUGAUAAACCUGCUUGGAGAGACAAACUCAGCUGUAUCCACUGUGAUAUUUGGCUUCUCUCCUCUGCUGGGUGCAGCUCUCGCAUUGGGCCUGCCAGAGACAGCCAAUAAACCACUACCUGAUACCAUUCAAGAUAUCCAAGAUGCUGAGAGAUUUAAUUCUCCAGAGCAUAAUGACAGAAAUCUCCCUGUAGACAGUAUCCAGUCUCAAAACACCACAGACGCCCAGGAACUCCAGAGCCUUACAAAUAAGUCUCCAUAGACCAGCAUGGGCCUGCAUGUACAAACACAAGCACGCUCAGACACAGACAAUAAGCAUUUAAUUUCUUCAUUCUCUCUAACUUUCGAGUCAGAUCAGAAAAUGCAACUACAUCUGUAACACUGUGACAAAUAUUUGUACCGUUAAAUAUUUUUAAUAGCCUCAUCUUUGGUCAAGGUCUGUUUGGGAUGUAAUUUUCAUGCUUCAUGCUGAGAAAGCAGCUGUGUCAUCAGAGGUUUUAACCCAAGUGUCACAACAGAUCGUUGAACAGCGGUUCUCUGUAGAAACCACACUGUUUUAUCUGAUGUCUAUGCAAAAAGAACACACAGUACCUUUCACUUUUAUACUUUGUAUAAAUGUAUAUCACACAAAUAUACUUUUAUAUGUUUCCCCCAUAUAAGACAAUCAGAAAACAUAUUCAGUUGCUGUUGUAUUGUUUGUGAAGAGCUUGUUUUCAUAUUGUUUGUAAUAUUGUAAUACACAGACCGGUGACAAAUUAAA